UUCAUCCAAAGACCGUAACGAAUUUGAUUAUUUCAUAUCGAGAGUUAACCAAUUUACUUGAAAAGAAGUUCCUCUGGCGACGUAUUGCUGUGAUAGUUCUCGCAUCAAGAUAUCUGGCCUGCCACAUUUGCUCACUUAUAGAUUCUCUGCGCCAUGACGGGAUCAAAGCCCAAUUGGUGGAAGGCUAGCACAUGCUACCAGAUCUGGCCCGCAUCUUACAAGGACAGCAACAAUGAUGGAAUUGGUGACAUUCCGGGAAUUAUCAGCACAUUGCCGUAUCUCAAGGACUUGGGUAUUGGCACAAUAUGGCUUUCACCCAUGUACGACUCGCCGCAGAAAGAUAUGGGUUACGACAUCUCCAACUACGAAGCCAUCUAUCCCCCUUAUGGCACCAUGGACGACAUGGACGAAUUGAUCAAGAAAACCCACGACCUGGGAAUGAAAUUGAUCUUAGACCUCGUCAUUAACCACACUUCAGACCAGCAUGACUGGUUCCUUCAGUCACGCAAGGACAAGACCAACAAGUAUGCUGAUUGGUACAUGUGGAAAGAUCCCAAGAUCGUCGACGGACAGCGACAGCCUCCAAACAACUGGCGUUCGAUCUUUGGUGGGUCAGCCUGGGAGUAUGCCCCUGAACGCGACCAAUACUAUUUACAUCUUUUCGUACCCGAGCAGCCCGAUCUGAACUGGGAGAACGCUGAGACUCGCCGGGCCAUCUACAAAUCUGCAAUUGAAUUUUGGCUCGAAAAGGGUAUCGACGGCUUCCGCGUCGACACGGCAAACCUUUAUUCAAAAGUCACAUCCUUUCCAGACGCUCCUGAAACCCUCCACGGCGAGGCUUAUCAGCCGGCCACGGAAUACUACGUUAAUGGCCCACGGAUGCAUGAGUGGUUGCAAGAGCAGCGCGAAGCGGUCCUCGACAAGUAUGGCGACGUCUUCAUGGUCGGCGAGCUUCCCGGCACGGACGCUGCAGAAGUCUUGAAAUAUGUCUCGGCCGAAGCUCGCGAGUAUAGCUGUGUUUUUGAUUUUGACGUGGUCAUGCUGGGGACAGGAUCAAAGAAACACCACGUCUAUCGUCAUGCCUUGCCCGAAUUUAAGGAAGCGAUCCGCAAAUGUCAAGAUCUCCUGCGAGGAACAGACGCCUGGAUCACCGUCUUCCUCGAGAAUCACGACCAGGGCCGCAGCUUGUCGCGCUUUGCUACCGACAAGGACGAGUUCCGUGAACAAGCGGCCAAGAUGUUGGCGGUUCUGCUUUGCUCCCUGACUGGCACACUCUUCAUCUACCAGGGACAGGAAAUUGGCAUGUUCAACCAUCCUGAACACUGGGGCAUCGAAGACCUCCGUGACAUCGACUCCCUCAAUGCAUACCAUGAUGUCAAGGACCGGCACGAAGGCGAUGAGCUAUGGCUUAAAAAGGCUAUGAAGGGCCUUCAAGCCGUCGGUCGUGACAAUGCUCGUCUGCCUGUCCAAUGGGACUCGACCAAGCACGCCGGCUUCACCGGCGGCGAGCCUUGGAUCCGAGUCCAUGACGACUAUGCAAAGACCAAUGUUGCAGACCAGUUGAAGAAUCCCUCGUCGGUGCUCAACUUUUGGAAGAAGAUGAUCCAGCUCCGUAAAGAUCAUGAAGACUUGUUGGUCUUCGGCCAUGAUUUUGAGGUAUGGGAUUAUCACGAUCAGGAUGUCUUCACAUUUACCAAGAAACACCCUUCAUCUGGUCAGACUUUGCUGGUGUUUUGCAGCUUCUCGGACGACACUCAGCCUUUGCACUGGCCUACCAAACUAAAAACCACGACAUCACAGCUAUUGAUUAGCACCGUCGAUCAUCCGCAGAAAUACCUAACUCCGUGGGAGGCCAGAGCCUAUCUGAUUGCCGAGCCACCGGCGGUUAAUGGUGCCUGAGGACAGUCUAAAAUUUCUGGUGUUUGGGGUGCAAUUACAUACUGCAUGGCAAUGGUGUUCUCAUUGGCGGUUGAUACACCAAGUUUAGAUACACCAUGGACUAGGACUUUGUACGCUUCGAAAAGGAUACAGAAUAUUCAAAGUAGGGUCCUUGUCAUUAUCGACAUAAAAUCAGAGAGUACAGAAGAUUCAAUAUGCAUCAAGCGUCGCUUCUGGGAGAUUUUAGUCAUCUCCAAAUAUAAUACAUAUAUCAUACAUGGCUAGGGAUGGUGGUGCCCAGCUCGGGUCCAAUGAGGUGGCAGCGAGUGCGUGGGCCGCAAUUCGUUCUUCAACAGACGAAUGCUUUCACCCAGAUGAGCUGUUCCCAAGUCUUCAAAAUGCCAGAAUUAGUAUGUUCU